AAACUAUGGUCUUUAAAGUCACGCGACUGCAAUGCGAUCAAGGGUUCUAGAAGGUGCUAUCCACGAGGCAAUGGGACAACUUGCUCAGAUCUAACUCAACGCUUCGAUUCACGGCGAGCUAAAACUGCCCCCUGUUCAAAAUGGAGAAAAAGUUUGACUUCUUAUUCAAAUUACUCCUUAUCGGGGAUAGCGGUGUUGGUAAGACAUGUAUAAUAUUUCGAUUUGUCGAAAAUACGUUUAAUACCGCAUUCAUCACAACUAUUGGCAUAGAUUUCAAGAUCAGGACAGUGGAAAUUGGUGGAAAGAAAAUCAAGUUACAAAUCUGGGACACUGCUGGCCAGGAAAGGNGCAAAUCAUUGUCGACCAGUUACUAUCACGGGACACAAGGGUUCAUUCUGGCCUAUGACGUCACCGACAGAGCGUCGUACGACAAAAUCCUGGAUUGGCUGAGCAUUAUCGAGCAUCAUGCCAGCGAACAGGACUUUCAGAGGAUUCUGGUGGCCAACAACUGCCGGUCUAACGAAAGAAAACGCGAGAUCACAAAGAAAGAGGGCGAGAAAUUCGCCCGGGAAUACGGCAUGCGAUAUGCAGAGAUCAACGACCUGCAAAGCUUAGAGAUUGACGAAGUCCUUAAGUUGCUUAUUCAAGAUAUCUUAAGCCACACCGGCUCACAAGAGGAAAUGGAGAAAGAAAGGGCAGUUUCCGAAGACUUUGGCCCAAGACAUCAUGGCAUCAAAAUUGAGCAAGACGAAGAAUUGCUCCUAGGUUGAUCAUUCGUGUUAAGAUAAUUUUUUAAACUUAGAUUUUUUGAGCUGUAAAUCCAGCUCGAAACGUGUAAGGUAGCUCUGAAGGAAGUUACGCCAUGUCAAGCGUAGAAUUUGUGCGCGUGCGCACUGAUCAUUGGAAAUCUAAAUUCAAUUUUUAUAGCGGACAUUUAAUCAGGUGAUGCUAUCGCUCUAAAACUUUUUAUUAACCAUUACCUGCGUGACAGGAAAAUGAAUACGGUAAGUAAGAAUGAGAGCAUUUUCACUAGAUAUAAUGGGAGAGAGAGGAACUUAUACUCCUCAAGCCGCUGCCAUGCAACAUGCUCUAUUACAUUCUUGCUCCGAUCGAUAUUUACAUGCUUAUGUGUUUCACCGAUUGGUCAUAUGGGAACGUGUUUAAAACAAGAAAUGGCACUUAACAGUGUGGGAUACGGUAAACCCUUACAAUUAUUGAGGGCUAAGGCUAAGUCAGUGCUAUUUAGGGUAAUCAGAGCGCUAUAUAUUCAGGCUAACCUGAGGGCUAUCUAGGCUAACCUGAGCGCUCUUUAGGCUAACCGGAGCGCUCUUUAGGCUAACCAUUGCGCCAUUUCGUCAUUUUGCCAUUUUUUUUUUAAACCUGCCCGUCAUAUGAUUUACCGCCUGAUCCGAAUAUCUGUGUCGUUGUGCGUUGGAGACAUGAUAGCUUAAUAGCUGGAGUAAGAUGAAUUUUCAAAGCAGUCUUUGUAAUUACUAAUAGUUAUUUUUCAUAGAGGACAAGGCGCGCAAUGCAUGUAGGAUGAAAACACUCUUCACCUCUCCCCAUAUAUUCUGCAGGCAGAUUUACAAUCCUCAUAGUGUGAAUACUGUAGGAGAAGCGAAGGGGAAGCUGGACAAACGGAGACAGAAAUGUAAUACCUUUAAAAAGAGCGAUCUUUAAAAUGUUCCAGAGAAUUUAGGGAAACGUAUAUGAUAUAUUUGUAUAAGCCUGGUUCAAAACAUCAAUUAGGUGUAUAACGUAAACAAUGAUGUUAUAGAUUGCAAUAUGCAAUGUCAAGAUUUCGAAUUUAGGAUACGAAUAAACUUUGUAUAAGUAUCUGCCAUUAGAAGAA